UACCCAAAAGUGAAAGGCUGGCGGAAGUGCUUCACUGAUUAGGGUCCGGGCGGCGCACGCAGAGCUGAAUAAAGGCACGAUUCAGAUUUAUUCGCACAGACUCGAAUGGCACAGAGAACCUUGCUGAGACGGAUUUGGACGCUGUCCCUCGGGGGGCUGUCCUCUCCGGCUGUCCCCCGCUCCUCCCUCCCUGUCCCGCGCUCCCUCUCUCUCUCUGCAGCACAGCGAGUCUCUUUCAGUGUUCAGGACCCGGCAGACUUCUCUGAGCGUGUGCUGAAGAGUGUGCAGCCUGUCCUGGUGGAUUUCCACGCGCAGUGGUGUGGCCCCUGUAAGAUCCUGGGGCCCAGGCUGGAGAAGAUGGUGUCAAAGCAGCAGGGUAAAGUGACCAUGGCUAAAGUGGACAUCGACGAUCACACUGACCUGGCCAUCGAAUACGGGGUCUCUGCUGUCCCCACGGUCCUGGCUAUCAAGAACGGGGACGUCGUGGACAAAUUCGUGGGGAUCAAAGACGAGGACCAACUGGACGCCUUCAUCAGCAAGCUGAUUGGCUCCUGAGCUGACCCCUGACCCCUGCAGGGUGUGAGGUCAUGUCCUUUGUCUGAAUUCCGUUUCUCAACCACUGCAGCCAUUAUUAUUAUUAUUAUUAUUAUUAUUAUUAUUAUUAUUACAACAUCUCUCAAGUAUCAAUUUCUGUGAAGGAAUUGGAAAGGAGGGAUUUAAAAAUGGAAUGGAAAUUAGAAAUGUCUUAAUAAUAAUAAUAAUAAUAAUAAUAAUAAUAAUAAUAAUAAUAAUAAUGAAGGCUGGGAUUGUUCAGCUGCUUUUCGUUCGACUCUCCUCUCUUAAAUCGAUGGAGUGACAGCGCCCCCCGCUGGCGAGCAUUCUUGCUGCCGCUGUCGUCUCUGGAGCGUUUCCACAGCGAUACGCUGUGGAGAUUCCUGACCCGUCGGCGACUGGGGGGGGAAUAACUGCCCCUCGGAGAUGAAAUCUAAUUUUCAACCCCCCCCCCCCCCCCCCCCCCCCCCCCCCCCCCCCCCCCCCCCCCCCCCCCCCCCCCCCCCCCCCCACUGCCGCCUCGCUGGACUCCUGCAGUCCUGUCAUCGCUCGGUCAUGUGAUAACGAUAAUAAAAUAAUAAUAAUAAUAAUAAUAACUGUGAGAUUGUUUUUUGUUGUCGGCGU